CCCAUUGAAGGCAAACAGCAGACCACUCUCUUUAUCAAGCCCUCGCAGCCUUCAGCUAAUUCCCGAUGCCUUCGUCAAGCUUUUCCACCAACAUGAGGUUCAAAUUUUCUGUCCUGGCGAUUAUUCUGGAGGUGAUCCUCAUUGCUUUAUUUGGGAUAUUUGUAAGAUACAAAGAAGUCAACAUUUAUCUACCCAAAGAAGAACAAACACUACACAUUGAGCUAUAUCCAUUUUUUCAGGAUGUUCAUGUGAUGAUAUUUGUUGGAUUUGGUUUCCUGAUGACGUUCCUGAAGAAAUAUGGAUUCACCAGUGUUGGAAUCAACAUGCUCAUUGCUGCUGUUGGUCUCCAGUGGGGCACCCUAAUGCAAGGGUUUUGGCAUAUGAAAAGAGGGGAAAUUCAUGUUACUGUUAAAAGCAUGAUCAAUGCAGACUUCAGCACGGCAACUGUCUUGAUUUCAUUUGGAGCUCUCCUGGGGAAAACAAGCCCAGUCCAAAUGAUGAUCCUGGCAAUUCUGGAGAUCACACUCUUUUCAUGCAAUGAGUACCUUGUUGUGGACGUCCUGAAAGCCACAGAUAUUGGAGCAUCAAUGACUAUUCAUGCUUUUGGAGCUUACUUUGGUCUGGCUGUAGCCCGAGUCUUGUAUCGCCCUGGUUUGAAAAAAGGUCAUGAAAAUGAAGGGUCUUCCUAUCACUCAGACAUGUUUGCUAUGAUUGGCACUCUUUUCCUCUGGCUGUUUUGGCCCAGUUUCAACUCUGCCAUUGCUGCACCUGGGGACCCUCAAUACAGAGCAAUAGUUAAUACUUACUUCUCUCUAGCUGCAUGUACAGUCACAGCAUUUGCCUUCUCCAGCCUCACUGAGCAUAGAGGCAAGUUUGAUAUGGUUCACAUUCAAAAUGCCACCCUAGCAGGCGGAGUAGCAGUGGGGUCCUGUGCUGACUUGGGCAUCCAGUCUUUUGGCGCUAUGAUGAUUGGUUUUGUUGCUGCAAUCAUCUCUGUCAUCGGAUUCAAGUUCCUGACUCCAUUUUUUGCUUCUCAUCUAAAAAUUCAAGACACUUGUGGAGUCCAUAAUUUACAUGGUUUGCCUGGAUUACUGGGCGGGAUUGCAAGCAUCAUUGCAGCUGCGAUAAAAGUGGAACAUGCGCCAUUUCAUCCUGUUUCCCCUGGUAUGCAAGCUGCUGCCUUGGGUUGUACACUAGGAAUUGCACUAAUAGGAGGAGCGUUUGCAGGUUUGAUUCUGAAUUUGCCUUUCUUGGGUCAAGCCCCGGAUCAGAACUGCUACAACGACUCAGUUUACUGGGAGGUCCCAGAAGAAAGCAAACAACUUGUUGAAAUGCCCAGUGAACAAGACACUCAGAGAUUUAAUGUCAACAUGUAGAUGGAUUUCUCCAUUAUUAACUUCAGUCCUAAUGGUGUCGUUUUCAGACAUUAGUGGUUUUCAAUAAGGAAAGGAAUGUAGAGAGCUAUAGUUUUGUAAGAAAUAAGCUUUAAUAAGAAUAUAUUGUCCCUACCAAAUUUGAUAUACACAAUGCAUAUUUCAAGCUCUGUUGAAUUUAAAAGGCUUUCAAAUGCAUAUGCUUACCUAACAUUGAAAGCAGCUAACUGGAUCGCAAUAUUCCCUGUAUUUCAGCAAUCUAUCAUAAGUCAAAUUCUUUAAGUUGAUUUCCCAUCUGUGUGUUUCUACCAUGCUUAGCCCCAAGGUUUCAUGUUUAGCAGCAAGUAUUCAGAAUCUGGAAUGAGACAUUUCUUUAGCAAGACAUGGAAAAGUUAUACUAGGAAGAAUUUCAUACCCUCUAAUCUAGUACAGGUAAACUGAGAGAGAAUAAAGAAAAGAUCUUUAGGUGUUUAUUUUGGUUUCCAAAAUGUUUUUUCACUAAAGACCUCCACAUGAAACUGUUAUGAAACCAUGCCUACCUAAUGAGUCAUAAACCCUGUUGUGGAUUAAAAACUGGUCAAGUAAUAGGAAAUAAAGUGAUAGGAAUUCACAACUAAUUUUAAGUGCAAGAAAUGGCUAUCAGUGAGGUAUCUAACACAGACAUACGACAACUCUGUCUUCAGUAUACUUUUAAUGAUCUCAGUGAGUAAGUGAAUGGGAGGUGGGACAAAAUGUAUUAUUAACACAAUAAUUUAGGUUAGUCAAAACCAGGUGAGGCAAUUCAGAAGCACCUUCUAAACCCUAUGUAACUGUGCAACAUUUUGUCUGAUGAAAUCCAGCAUUGGCAAGCAGAAGAUGAUAUUUAUUGAGAGGCAAGCCUAAAGACUGACUUGUGUUCAUUGACUGGUUCUGAGCUCACCACACACGCAAGAACAAGUUCUGGAUUGUUAAGCGAGUCAUUGAAGAAACAUGCGUGUCAGAGCAGAAUCACAUGUAAAAUGCCUAUGUGUCGCAUCUUGAAGUCUGAAAGUGCUGCAUCUGGAAAAACAACCCAGCCAGAAACAGGACAAAGGGCCAAGAGGACCAACAAAAAUUAAUGAGGCUCCAUGAAAUUCAUUAAGAGGAGAACUUAAGGGGAAGGACAAAAUAAAAAGAAGUUUUGAGCAAGCAUAAAACAGUACUACAGAGAAGCUCAGUUACGCAGUCCUGUUUAUUAUGUGUCAUUGUCCAAUUAAUAAGAGGCUUCCUGAUUAAAAUGAAAGGGAGCAAAUUUAAAAAUGCAAGAAAGUGUGUAGGACUAAUGAAUAGAGCUCAUUUCUUCAAGCUAUGACUUAUGCCAAACAGAAGCACCAAUUAGAUUUUAGAAAGUGGUGUGAGCAGGAUAAAGCAGAUGAGCUUGCAGUGGCCUUAUAAGGACUGUUUUGCUUUAGGGCUGACAACUGAAAGUUAGUGAGGAAGUCCUUCCAUAAAGCUGAAUUUCAUUUAAAAAGUACUUACAUGUUCUUCUGAAUCGUCCAAUGCAGGGCACCUUAAGAUAGGAUACUGGGUUAAACUGACCAGUAAGGUAAAACCACUGUAUAGUGUUUUAUAUAUAAGCUUUUAUCUAUGAAUGAAAUAUCUAAUUGUUUAAAUACAUUUUAAUACUUUUUUUAGAAAUGUUCAUUUUUGCAGAUAAGCAACUGUGUUUUUCUUUUUUGUCUGAAUGCAGUCUUGUAUCCAAAUACUCUAGGAAAUGUAUUGUCUUUAAAUUGGGAAAGGCAAUAGGAGCAGGUCAAUAUAAAUGUUGAAUGUUUAAAGAUUUUAUAAAUACUCUGUGUCUACUUUAGAACAGCAAAGCUGCCCAUGGAUGGGCUGAUUGCACACAUUUUAUACACAAUGGAUGAAAUUCACUCCUGUGCAGAAAGGUAGCAUAAAGCCACUCUUAACUCCCACUGGGCUCAUCUACGUAAGAUGCUAUGUUGGUGUAGUGACAAGCUAUGGUACCGUAGCGUUGGCGGGCACAAAUCGUGAUGCUGACACUACUGCGCAGUAUCAACAAGCUACUGUAUAGUAGCUCAUUGCUACUGCACAGUAGCAUGGGGGAAGACCCAUGAAGCAUCAGGACUGUGCAGUAAUCCUAGUUAAGCAAGUACUAAAGGAUUGUGCAGUAACAACUGUGCAGUCCAGUGGACAUGUAGAUGCACCCACUGACACCCCAUUUUGAGGAUUUCAGUGGGUUUUAAGUUCACCUUCUGUCUAACGGUGAAUUUUACCCAUUUGAAGUAUUGACUUUCUGAGACUAGCAAAAGUACAUGCUACUCAUUGGGCAUGUCUGCACAAGAUGUUUACUGUUGAGUAGACAAAUUAGUUUGACAGUAAACGUCUCAUUUCUACAUGUGCAGCCCUAUUAGGCUGCAGGAAACUAAUUAACUCCAUAGCAGGGUAGUACUUGUAAAUACAAGUACUAUCCUGCUGUGGAGUUUUUUACUCCACAGCACAACAUGUGUAGACACUAAAGGCUCUGGCUGAGGUGAAGGUGUUUCAGUGCAGGGAAUACCUACUAGUUAGCCCCAUACUGGAGCAUCCUCAUGUCCCAGCCAACCCCUCCGCAGCACAUUGAGCCACAUCAAAGCAGCCCUGGGCUGGCAGGCUGAACCCCCAGACCUCUGCCAGCCAAUGCUGCUCUGACUGUGCUCAACAUGGUGCAAUCCUGGGUGCAUAUGGAAACACAGUGCCCAGGAGCAAGAAUCUCUGGUGCAGUAAGUGCCAGGGUUUAUGGCAUUGCCUAAAUAAGCAGAUGUGGACUUGCCCAGUCUAAGAAAGUCUCAAAGAAUAAUCCCAAAAUUAUAAUGUAACGGGCUGGAACGGGCUCCCAAGGGAGGUGGUGCUCUCCCCUACCCUGGGGGUCUUCAAGAGGAGGUUAGAUAAGCAUCUAGCUGGGGUCAUCUAGACCCAGCCCUCUUUCCUGCCUAUGCAGGGGGUCGGACUCGAUGAUCUAUUGAGGUCCCUUCAGACCCUAACAUCUAUGAAUCUAUGAAUCUAUGAAUGAGAAAGCACAAUUCAUCAAUUUGAAAGGAACUGCAAUCAAUAAAAUAAAUAUUUUUAUCCCUA